AGGCUUCCCGGUAGCUGGAAGGUACAGAGCUUAAAAGAUGAGAUCACAUCUGAGAAACUCUUUGGGGUAAAAUUGUGGGUUACAGCAGGGCCAAGAGAAAAGUUCAGUGCUGCUGAGUUUUCGGUUCUGAAGAAAUUCGUAGAGGAUGGUGGAGCCAUCCUGGUGAUGCUGAGUGAAGGCGGAGAGUCCCGACAUGGCACAAAUAUUAACUUUUUCUUAGAAGAGUAUGGGAUCAUUUUCAAUAAUGAUGCUGUGGUCCGAAAUGUGUAUUACAAGUACCACCACCCAAAGGAAGCAUUAAUCUCUGAUGGAGUUUUGAAUAGGGGAAUCAGUGAAGCUGUGGGAAAAACAGUACUGGAGACACCAGAUGAAGCUGGAAGUGGUCAUGAUUCACAACCUCUCACUUUUGUCUAUCCAUUCGGUGCCACACUGAACGUGACGAAACCAGCAGUGCCUGUUCUGUCAACAGGAUCUGUCUGCUUCCCGCUCAACAGGCCAAUUCUUGCUUUCUAUCAGCAUGAGAGUCCAGGUGGAAAGAUUGCAGCACUGGGCUCUAUCCACAUGUUCAGUGAUCAAUAUUUACAUAAAGAAGAAAAUGGUAAGAUCAUGGAUGUGCUUUUCCAGUGGCUUACAACAUCAGAUAUCUGCUUAAACCAGAAGGAUAUGGAAGACCCUGAGAUUUCAGACUAUACCAUGAUCCCAGACAUAGCUGUGCUGUCUGAGCAACUGCGAGGCUGUCUGCAGGAAGGAGAUGAGAACCCAAAAGACUUCACAAAGCUGUUUGAUACAUCCCUAUAUGAGCUGGAUACAACUGCCCUCCCUGCAGUUAUCAAAGCGUAUGAAGAGCUGAAUGUGAAACACGAACCCCUUACACUCAUUGAGCCUCAAUUUGAGACACCGUUACCUCCCCUCCAGCCAGCUGUUUUUCCACCUAUUUUCAGAGAUUUGCCUCCUCCCCCUCUGGAGCUGUUCGACUUGGAUGAAGCUUUUGCCUCUGAGAAAACUCGUCUUGCAGAGCUUACUAACAAAUGUACUGAUGAUGACCUGGAAUAUUACAUAUUAAAAUGCGGCGAAAUCCUAGGAGUAACAGAUAAACUCCCAAAGGAGAAGCAAGAUGCCAAACAUGUCCUGGAAUACGUCUUCUUCCGAGUGGUUGAGUUUAAGAAAGCGCAUCAGGAACAUGAUACUGACACAAGUGAAGCUGGAUUCCAGACUGGUAACUGAGACCUGGCUUUCCCUAGUUUGAGAUAGACUUUU